UUGAGGCGGCGCCGGGAGUUGAGCGGAGAGCCGGGCGUGUCGGUGCUGGGGUCCGGGGACUCGGUGGAGGUAACAUGAACUACUCGAGAUUUAUCAACACAGUGAGUGCGGCUAGGAGGGUAUCACCCAUCAGAGCACUGACCGAGGUCCUGCAGAGGAGUCCGCCGACCAUGAUCUCCCUCGCCACUGGAAUGCCAAACCCCGACAUGUUCCCCUUUGAGUGCGCCCACUUCACUAUAAAGGGUGGACUGAACAUCACGUUUGGCCAGGAGACAAUGAAACGAGCUCUGCAAUACUCCGCUUCAGCAGGAAUUCCAGAGUUAAUUUCCUGGAUGAAGGAUCUGCAGAAACGUCUUCACAAUCCCCCAACCACUAACUACAGCCCUGAACAAGGGCAGAUGGAGUUAUGCAUUACCAGUGGCAGUCAGGAGGGCCUCAGCAAGGUGUUUGAGAUGCUCAUCAGCCCUGGAGACUCCAUCCUUCUGGACUGCCCCACGUAUCCUGGGACACUCGCCUCGCUCCAACCACUAGGUUGCAAGCUCCUCACCAUCUCAAGUGAUCAAUACGGGAUGAUUCCCCAAUCCCUGUCCGAUGUCCUCUCAAGAUGGAACCCAGAGGGUGAGAAUCCCAGCUCUGGUAUCCCGAAAAUUCUGUACACAAUUCCAAAUGGCGAAAACCCAACCGGAGCCUCCAUGACAGCUGAGAGGAAGAAGGAGGUGUAUCAGAUUGCCAGAAAAUAUGAUUUACUGAUAAUUGAAGAUGACCCUUAUUUCUUCCUGCAGUUUGAAAAGCCUUGGGCUCCAUCAUUCCUUUCUUUUGACAUUGAUGGUCGGGUAAUCAGGACAGAUUCCUUCUCCAAGAUCUUGUCUUCAGGGCUGCGGAUAGGAUUCCUUACUGGUCCCAAGCCACUCAUCAGUCGAAUCAUCCUGCACAUCCAGUCCUCCACAUUGCACACCAGCACGUUCACACAGCUCCUAGUUGUCCAGCUCCUUCAACAGUGGGGACAGAGUGGCUUCCUGGAGCAUGUUGACAGAGUGAUCAAGUUCUACAGCAAGCAGAGGGAUGCAAUGCAAUUGUCUGCUGAAAGGUGGCUGAAAGAUUUAGUUGAAUGGAAUAUUCCAAGUGCUGGUAUGUUCUACUGGAUGAAGCUAAAGGGAAUCUCAGACACUUAUCAACUCAUCUCGGAGAAAGCCCUGCAAAAGGAGGUGCUGUUUGUUCCUGGUCAAGCCUUCAUGGUCGAUAGUUCAGUGCCAUGUGCGUACGUGCGAGCUGCCUUUUCUCUUUCCACCCCUGAACAAAUAGAUCAGGGUUUACAAAGACUAGCCACACUCAUCAAAGAAUCAGUGUAGUGCUGCUUAGUGGACACGAUACACAAUCUAGCCCGAAAUAAAUUAAAUCAAAAAUUA